UUUACAGGUACAGGUACCAUUCAUUCACUACCUUACGCGUCCACCAUGGUGUCGCCCACAAAGGAAAAUAUCAAUGACGCGAACGCUGCAAAUCGCUUGGAGUUUGUGAAGCAGACGGUCGCUGAGACGUUUGGAUUCCAGGUACUAAAAGUCACUCCCAUCGCCUAUGAAGAAGACUUUCCCUUUCCCUACAACAACUUCGUCUUUGCCGUACACAUCAAUCGGGAAUCCACUCCGUCAAAAGAAACUCUCCGAGCCAAACAGCCAGGCUGUCAAACCAUUCCCGUCGACGAGGAGACUUUUAUCUGUCGUAUUCCCAACCCACUCUCGGGAUACAACGACAAAGUCCGAGUGCAGAAUGAAGUCGCAGCCCUCUCGUUGGCGCGUGAGGCUUUGCAGCCGUCUCUGCUGAGCCAUCUCGUUCCGCGCGUCUACGGAUGGGCGUCGGCUGAGAAUGGUGGCUACGGGUGGAUUUUACAGCAGUACAUGUCUGGAACUGGCCCGUUGGCGGAAUUUUCGUCUUGGAGCGAAGAGGAUAAAGCGAAUAUUCUGGAUCAGAUGGCGGAUGUUUUGGCUUGCUUGCAACGUUUUCAAUUGCCGAGUACGAUUGAUCGAUAUGGAGGGGUGGGGUUUGAUGCAGAGGGGAAUUAUGUCAAUACUGCUCUCAGCAUGUACGAUGCUGGACCAUUUGAAACGUAUCCGGAGUUGCUGCGCGCUACUAUCACGUCUAAGCUCAUCAAGGCAGACGGCGAUUCUCGAGUUCGAGGAUGGAGAGAUAAUGGCAUUCGUGCUCGACUUGAUGAAUUCUUGAAUCGUGGACUUCCUACACUUCUUCAAGGCGUAGCCUCUCUCGACAAAGUCCUCGUCCACGCAGACUUUUCUCUCGACAACAUUCUCUACGACCAAUCCAGCAAAAAACUAACCGCCAUCUUCGACUUCGAUUUCGCCCACAUCAGCUCCGUCGCAGACGAAUUUUUCCGAUCUCUCGGCCACGACAUUGGUCGUUUUCCCUGCAUCCGAGAUGAAAUCCCCGAAGAGUUGCAACUCCAUCAAGCCAUGCUUCACGGUUUCCCGCAACCUUUGCCGACGAAUACGACAGACGAGGUGGAUUGGAUCGCUGCCAAGGCGUGGGACGAUGCUAUUGCAGUUCGCGGUGUGCAGCGGCCUGCUACACUUCCUUCUAUGGAUCUGGUUUCGGACUUGUUUUGGUUGUCGUCGCGGAUUUUGCCGUUUCGAUUGUGUAAUGAGGUCGUGGUGGGGAAUAGUACGGAAGAACAGCUCGCGUUGCGGAAGACGGAUGGGGAAGCGUUGCUGAGCAAAUUUUUGAGUGAUUAUGGAUUUUGAAUUUUUUGCGUCUGUCGUGUGCACAUGGCUUGGUGAGGGAGCUCUUCUCGUCAUUUUACCUACCUCAGGUAGGCGAGGGACAUAAGCAGGAAGCAGUUCGCGUAAGGCAGAGAUGCCGUGCACCACCGAAGCGCUAGUAAUCAUCUAGCGUCAACUACCAACGGCUCAAGGUGUCUACCAGGUACGGUAUGAUUUCAUGCUUGAUGGACGUUUCACAUGUUCAGUACGGUCAGGUACAUAUACCUCCUAGUGGCGUGAGCACUUCCUUUUACACAUCCAGCCUCUCGAUCACAAUCGCAGAAGCACCACCACCACCAUUGCAGAUGCCAGCAACACCAACCUUGCCCUUCUUCUCGCGCAAGACUCCGAGUAAAGUCGACACAAUCCGAGCCCCAGAGGCACCAAGUGGAUGACCCAAUGCGACCGCACCACCGUGCAGAUUCACCUUGUCUUCCGUCACGCCCAGCAAUUUCAUGUUGGCCAAUGCAACAACGGAGAAGGCCUCGUUGAUUUCAAAUGCAUCCACGUCUUCCUGCUUAAUGCCCGCGUGCUUCAAUGCCUUGGGCACUGCAAGCGCAGGUGCGGUGGUGAAUUUGGAUGGGUUCUGAGCGGCGUCGCCCCAGCCGAGGAUUUUGGCAAUGGGUUUGAGGCCAUGCUUCUGUACAUACUCUUCGCUUGCGAGCACCGUCGCUGCCGCUCCGUCUGAUAGAGGCGAGGCGUUGGCAGCUGUCACGGUGCCGUCCUUCUUGAAUGCGGACCGCAGCUUUCUCGUUCCUUCCUCGUUGAACUUUUUGGGUUCGUCGUCUUGGUCAAUCACCGUAUCCGGCUUGCCUCGUGUGCCCUUGAUCGUCACUGGUGUGAUCUCCUCCUUGAAAAAUCCACUCUCGGCGGCGGCAAUCGCUUUCUUGUAGCUCCUGAUCGCAUAUUCAUCCUGGUCUUCUCUGUUGAAUCCGUGGUCAUCUGCACACUCUUCACCCUGCAGACCCAUAUGCUCAUUCUUGUAGACAUCGGUCAAGCCAUCCUUCAGCACACCAUCAACGAGCGUCUGAUCGCCGAACUUGGCGCCGUUUCGAAGAGUCUGCAGAUAAUGUGGGGUGUUCGACAUGCUCUCUGUUCCGCCAGCGACGACCACAUCCGCCUCGCCGGUCAGAAUGGUCGCGGCAGCCAAGGACAUGGCCUUGAUGGACGACGCGCAGACCUUGUUAAUCGUCGUUGCCUCAGUGGACUCGGGAAGACCAGCGAAGAUUGUGCAUUGUCGGGCCGGAUUCUGACCCAGGUUGGCCUGGAGAACAUUGCCAAAGAACACCUCUUGCACGUCCUCGGGCUUAAUGCCGGCUCGCUCCACUGCAGCCUUGAUUGCGGUGGCGCCAAGCUGAAUAGCCGUCUGCGAGCUCAAGGAGCCUUGAAAAGCUCCCACGGGAGUGCGAGUCGCCGACAGGAUGUAUACUGGUUUUGGGGGGGCCAUCGUGGUGGUGGUGAUCGUGGUCGGGGGCGUACGAGGGGGAAGCAGAUCGAAGGUCGUGUAGGUCUAGCUGUGGUG